AUGAAAACUACAAUAUUAGCCUCUGUUGUGGCUGCGUCGUUAUUUCUAGUAUCGUUCUUAAUAGGAUUCUUAAUCUUCCAAUGCGUAAGAAGAGUUAAGACCAGGGGUAGCGACCCGGAGCUUUCAAGCACGCGCUGUCGCGAGUUUUCUUUCGCGGAGAUAAGAGCCGCCACCAACAACUUCGACGAGCGAUUAAUCGUGGGCAGAGGAGGGUUCGGAAACGUGUACAAAGGACAAAUCGACACGUGUCACGAACCAGUGGCCAUCAAGCGACUCAAGCCGGGUUCGGACCAGGGCGCGCACGAAUUCCAAACCGAGAUCAGGAUGCUCUCGCGGUUCCGCCACGCGCACUUGGUUUCCCUCAUUGGGUACUGCAACGACGGUGGAGAAAUGAUCCUCGUCUAUGAUUUCAUGGAGCGUGGGACCCUCCGCGACCACUUGUACGGCUCGGAGCAGGCGCUGUCGUGGGAGCGGCGGCUGAAGAUCUGCCUGGAGGCAGCAUGUGGGCUUGACUUCCUCCACAAUGGGUCGGACCAGCAGAGCAUCAUCCACCGCGAUGUGAAAAGCACGAACAUCUUGCUGGACAAGGAUUGGGUGGCCAAGGUGUCGGAUUUUGGUUUGUCGAAAGUAGGACCUAAUGCAUCCCACGUGACAACUGAAGUGAAAGGUAGUAUCGGAUAUUUAGAUCCUGAGUAUUACAUGAGUCUUUGGUUGACUCAGAAAUCCGAUGUCUACUCUUUUGGUGUAGUUUUACUUGAGGUAUUGUGUGGAAGGCCACCCAUAGAAAGUAAGGUGGAGAAGCAGAAGCAGCGAGAAUUCUUGGUAUUGUGGGUGAAGCGGUGUUUUCAUGAUGGGAAUGUGGAUGAGAUUGUGGAUCCUGUUUUGAAAGAUACUUUACGACCCAAGUGUUUGAAGAAGUUCCUAGAGAUUGCGCUGAGUUGUUUGAAUGAUCAUGGGAACGAUCGGCCUUUGAUGAGAGACGUGGUGAAGGGGUUGAAGUAUGCCUUGAAUUUGCAACUGUGUUAUACGCAAGGUGAAAGGGAAAUCGGCUUGACCCAAAUGGAACGUCAUGGUGAAUUUGACGACAACUUUGCUUCUAGCAGCAGUAAGGCUACGAUAUGCAAGGAGGAGGAACAAGCCUUGGUGCACGGCAUGUUCCCUGAGCUUGGAAAUCAAAUAGCACGAUAA